CUGUCACUGUCAAAUUACCCGCGAGGUAAACGUAACGGCUUGUUUAUUCAAAAAUCAGAAAACUCCGUACAGUGUGAAUAAAAUAAUACGUUGUUCGUAAUUAAUCUAUUUAGUAUUAGAUAUGGACAUAAAACAAGGACAAAGGCAACCGCAAAACCGGUUACUGAAGCUUUCUCUAAAGAAAAACAGGGUGAAAACAGACCAAGAACCGAAGAAACCAAAUCGAAGUUCAGAUAUCAUGAUAAUAGACGAAUCCUUUGACAAAUUGAUCUCUGAUUACCAAAAAACGUUGACUUCCAAUCGAAAAAUCUACUCACCCAUUGUCAUCAACGAUUCAUUGGAUACAAGUGAAGAUGAAAUUAUAAAAAACAAAGAACCAAGUAAAUCUGGUAAUGUGUCUGCAACCUCUAUAAAAGAUUUCACAUCACCUAUCAAUAAUGGAAAUGGCCGACCCAGUAUAGGGGGUUGGUCACCAGGACAAAGCAUUAUUUGCGCCACACCAAAAACAAAACCAGUGCCCACCACACCAAAAGACAAAGCAGACGAAUCUCUAGAACAUUGUUCCAUAAAGAAAAUACAACAAUCACAUCACAAACUGUUAAGCGAGCUGUAUGGAGAGAAAUGGAAGUCAAUACCUUCAUUAUUCAAAACAAAACAAUGUACAGAUCAAUAUGACGGUAGUUGUGGGAUAUCAAAAAAAUUACAAUUUGACGAUGAUGAAAGUGACAAGGAGAAUAUUAGAGAUUUUAUAAAACAAACCAAAGAAUUAUAUUUGACUGGUUCAGAUUUUAAAAAUAGAAAGGGUGACUUCAGCAACACUGAGGGGCGAUCAAGAAAGAAACUGUACACAGAAAAAGUUCCUAACACACCAGAGCUACCAAAGCAGAAACCAAAACUCAAAACGGAUAACAAUCUAAGCACCCCAGAAACCACCAAACAGAAAAAAAUCAACAUCAAUAGGGAUGUGAAAACAACGAUAAAGAAACGGAAAGAUAUGACAGUGACAGAACUAGUGAGGGCCAUGGAGAAUGAUGUCGAUGUAUUGACGAAGAAAGUUCAGAAUGUAACUGUUACGCCAAGCAAAGAUGUAGUAAAAAGGCUGAGUUUUGUUGGAUCUUUGGCUGACAACGUGCCCACCUGGCGUUGCCACCCCGAAGCUCUGCAAUACCAUGACAGUUUCAAAACACUCAAAGAACAACUCUCCAGGCGACUCUUUGUAGAGUUCAACAAAAUGGUAUUCGACAACGCCAUGGAUGCAGAUUUGCCUAUCAUGUGGGACACGAAACUUAGAAGCACUGCUGGUACUACAACCAACCGCCUGAUAAAAACGUCCAGAGGCGAACGCAUCCGGACCUCUAGUAUCAAACUGUCUACCAAAGUGCUGGAUGCUGCCCAACGUCUCCGAGACACCCUCAUCCACGAGAUGUGCCACGCGGCCACCUGGCUCAUCGACGGCGAGCUGAGGGCUGGCCACGGCCCCGUGUGGAAGAAGUGGGCGUCUCGAGCGCUACGCAAGUUCCCCGAGCUGGGAGAGAUCUCCCGCUGUCACGACAUGGAGAUACAUUACAAGUACUGCUACAAAUGCACCAAGUGUGGCUACAGCAUAAAACGUCACUCAAAAUCCAUAGACAUAACGAAGAGGUGUUGCGGCUAUUGCAGAGGCACUUUCGAAAUCACUGUCAAUAAGAAAAACAAAGAUGGCGUAAUAACAUCUACACCCGCCAGAAAGGCGGGACCCAAUGACUUCGCACUGUACGUGAAAGAAAAUUACGGAUCGCUAAAAACCGGAAAAACCCACGCCGAGGUCAUGAAAAUGCUCGGCGAACAGUUUUCCGCGAGGAAAAACAAGAAAAUGUGCAGUGAAGAAAACUUGUUCGAUUCGAAUAGUGAUUGACAAAAAAUUGUACAGAUUGUACAUUGUUUUAUAAAAGUUAUGACUAUUUUAAAUGACUCUAAUGGCUUAAAUGACUCAGUAGAGAGAUAUAGAGUUUACAACCACCACUCUGCUACAAAUCAAUUUCACGGGCAUAGAUUCAAUUGGUAGCUAGCCCUUGACUACAAUCUCACCUGACGGUAAGUGAUGAUGCAAGCUAAGAUGGAAGCAGGGUAACUUGUAAGGAGGUGGAUGAAAAUCACCCACCCAAUUAGGUUUCCACACGACAUCGUACCGGAACGCUAAAUCGCUUGCUGGUACGCUUUUGCGUAACAUUGUCAUACAAAGUCAUCAGUGUCGUGCAUUUCAUAGAUGCAUAAACGCAAUGCAUACCCUGAGGAUUCAUUACGUACCUGUUUUGGAGGAGUUUUCCAUUUUGUGCAAUUUGUAGUGCAUACCCUAGUUAAAAGACUUCUGCACGCCACUGGAAGGCAUCCCUCAUUGGAGCAGCAUGGUGGGUAUGAACUCCAUAACCUCUCUAUGUUUUAGUGGGCUGUUGAAGUAUACUAAUGAUAAUGAUGAAGUAGUGUUUUAUGCUUCUAUGGAUGUUAACGCCUUAAAUUAUUUAGACACAAGCUAAAUUAAUGUUAACUUUUAACCCUUUCAGGACAGCAAGGUAAUAAUCAUAACAGCUAUGUAGGAUAGUUAAUUAUGCUUAUAGUAAACAUACUGCAUUAAUAAAAUAAUUAUAGUUUUUUUUUGAAAAUUUUUGGGACAAACCUGUCCCUGUGGGCGAUAGCCGAUACUUCUUGCCUGAGAUUUACUGAAGUCAAUAUGUCGUAUUACCAAUAUAAUGAUAAAAAUAAAAAAAAAACUCAAUAUGCUUUUAAAAAUUUAAAAAAAAAAAUUGGAUAUUGGCUUUAUAAUUAUUCAUAUAAUUUAAAUAUAAUGAUAUAAUUAAUAAUAUAAAAUAUUUCUAAUUAUCUGCUAGGGACACAUUUGUCCCCGCUGUCAUCAAAGGAUUAAAUCCGGCGUACAUUAAAUUUGGUGACAUUUUUCAAAAUAAUUUUCAUAUUAAAUGAAUUAUAUUAUUAAAGGUAAGUAUACACGUAUUUGUAUAUGAUUAUAUUGUAUUUAAUUUGAAAUAAUAUAAUAUUUAUAUUUAUGGAGACUGUUUGUAAAUAUUUUUGAAUUAUUGUACAGGUGACAAUAAGUUAUUAUUACUAAUCGACUUAAAAUGAAAAUAUAAAAAUAUUUUUGGGUGUUUUUUUUAGUUUAGCGCAAUUGCCAAUAAAAGGAUGUACAAGUAAUAUAUAGAUUCCGAAGUGA